AUGUGAGACAGAGUUGACGGCUGUUCUGCCUAGUACCUGGUGCCAAUGCCUUGAGGAACCCCACCAGCGUGCAUACACCUCGCACCCCAGCAGCAGAUGAGGAGAGACGUGGCUCCCCCAGUGCGGAGUCCCACUCUCCCUCUUGCAGAACCCCAGUGGCAGGGACCGGGUGCAGCCUAGCAGGGGUGGCAGCAUGGGGGACUCUGAAUCAGAGUCCACCUUGCACAACAACUCCCUGUGGUGGCUGGCAUGUGGGAUGUUAGCCCUGUUGGCCAACUCUUGGAUUAUCCUCAGCAUCACGGCCAAGCAACAGAAACACAAGCCCCUGGAGCUGCUGCUGUGCUUCCUUGCUGGGACUCACAUCCUUAUGGCAGCAGUACCUCUCACCACCUAUGCUGUGGUGCAGCUGCGGCGUGAGUCCUCUGACUACGACUGGAACGAAAGCAUCUGCAAGGUCUUCGUCUCCACAUACUACACGCUGGCACUGGCCACCUGCUUCACUGUGGCCUCCCUUUCCUACCACCGCAUGUGGAUGGUGAGGUGGCCAGUCAACUACCGGCUGAGCAAUGCCAAGAAGCAGGCUCUGCACGCAGUCAUGGGUAUCUGGAUGGUAUCAUUCAUCCUCUCCACCCUGCCCUCCAUCGGCUGGCACAACAACGGCGAGCGCUACUAUGCUCGUGGCUGCCAGUUCAUUGUCAGCAAGAUAGGGCUGGGCUUCGGUGUCUGCUUUAGCCUCCUGCUGCUUGGAGGAAUCGUCAUGGGCUUGGUGUGUGUGGGUAUCACUUUCUACCAGACCCUGUGGGCACACAGGAGACGCCGGCGGUGCCGCCAUCAGAGGGCAGAGGAGGCAUCAUCCUGCUCUUCAUCAGCACACACCACUUUCAAUGUGCCGGCCAUUGUAGUGGAGGAUGUACGUGGCAAAAGGAGGUCUUCACUGGAUGGCUCCGAGUCAGCCAAGACCUCCUUGCAGAUGACCAACCUCAUCAGCGCUAUUGUCUUCCUGUAUGACACACUCACUGGGGUGCCUAUCUUGGUUGUGAGCUUUUUUAGCCUGCGCUAUGAUACGGCCCCAACCUGGAUGGUCCUGGCUGUGCUCUGGUGCUCCAUGGUGCAGACCCUGCUGCUCCCCUCCUUCAUCUGGUCCUGUGAGCGCUACCGAGCAGAUCUCCGCACCGUGUGGGAGCAGUGUGUGGCUAUUAUGUCUGAGGAAGAUGGAGAUGAUGAUGGUGCGUGUGAUGAUUAUGGCGACGGCAGGAUUUGCAAAGUGAGAUUUGAUGCGAAUGGUGCUGCAGCUGUGAAGCGGGACUCCCGGGAUAUCAAGCUGCUACCCAUGCACCACAUGUUGUUGCCCCAGGAGAAGGUGCACUACCUGCAGGUCCCCAUCUCCCGGAGAAUGUCACAUGAUGAGACUAACAUCUUCUCCUCCCACCGCUCUGCUCCAUCCUUCCUACACAAGUGGUCUUCAUCUGACGACAUCCGCAUUCCCACUCCCCGCAAACCUGGAGGCCCCAUCUUCUUGCCUCCUCAGCUGCAUGACUACCAGCACCGCCAGCGGCCCCCAGAAGAUGAGCUGACAACCCUACGGCAGUUUUUAGAGGGGGGGCUGGUGCCCCGGGGCUCCAGCGCCUGCUUCUUCCGAGAUGAGAUCACCACGUUCAUUGACGAGACGCCGCAACCCACCCCAGCCUGCAGCCCACGGCACUCCCGUCUCCCACUCGCAUCGCGCCGCGAUCGCCGCCUCUCCCUUGCCAGCAGAGAAGAGGAGAACUCCGACCGGCCACGGCGCUGCUCCGUGGCUGGCAGCGAAGCCUGGCAGCUGCAGGAUGGAGAGCAGGCACUGUGUGAAAGGACCCUUGAGGCCAGCGAGCCACAGACCUUCCAGGAUCCCAAACUAUGAGAGACAGCAUCAAAACCAUUCAGUGCCAUCACGAUUUUUAACUGAAACUUCAAGUGUUCC